AUUGAAAAUCAGCAGACUGUCACACGUGCGGUUAACUUUCCCGAUUUCUAAUGCUAUCGUGAUAUAAAUUUUUUGUGAUACUAUCUCAUCUGCACGCGUUUGCAUCGUUUGGAUUUCAAGGCCAAAAUCAAAAUAUCGUCUAUUAUCUUUCCAGAUAGACAGUGAAAAAGAGGAUCUCCCAGCCGAAAGAACUGUAGUCAAUCUCGAAGUUUAUGACCGCUUCAGAUAUAAGGUCGAUCCGGAUCUGCAUAAGCGUAAGCGGCGACUCGACGACCGCCGCGCCGUUCGUUUAUAAGCCCCUUCCUGAGAAGCUGCGACCACCGCGACGAGCGUCCGGAGUUAAUAACACAGGGAAAAGGAAGUCACGCGAUUCAGCUGCACGGUGAGCUAACCAACAACGACUGGAGCAUGGCUGACGAAGAGACUGACAUGUCUAAAAGGGGCGAUAUCCUAGGGGACAGCAGUGCCGACGGCAAAGUGCCAGAUGAAACCGAAUGCGACGACGUCGAUAAAACCCCGAUCAUCACGUCAACCACCACGAAAAACGCCUUGAUAACGACGCAGCUGGGACCGUGUGAGGCUUAUCCGCACCCUGUCAAAGUUUCAAUCGUGGGUGCAAGAAAAGUUGGAAUGGCUUGCGCUAUCGCGGUUCUGAUGAGACGCAUAGCAAGCGAGGUCUGUCUGAUCGAUCAGAACUUCGACGUAGCUUCUGCCGAAGCCGAGGACAUUCAGCAUGCUGGUAUCUUUCUGGGUUGUCCGCUGGUGGUUGGCACAUCAGAUAUCUACAAGAUAAAAGACUCAACAAUAGUAGUGAUCGCAGUUUGUGAAAAGAAAGCCGAGGAGGAGGUGAAUGUUAAGCGCAACAUCGAGGUGUUCAAGAAGAUCGUCCCUACAAUCGCAAAGUUGGCCUGCAAAGCGGUGUUACUAGUUGUAACUCAACCGAUCGACGUGAUGUCGUACAUCACCUGGAAGUUGUCCAAGUUUCCCUCAAGCAGAGUGCUUGGCACGGGGACUCUGCUCGAUAGCUGCAGGUUUCAGGAUUUACUGAGUCGGAAGUUGGGACUGGCGCGCACGUCGAUCAGCUGCAUGAGUAUCGGCGCGCAGGGCGACACAUCUGUUCCCAUAUGGUCGAGCGUUCACGUGGCGGGUACGAAGAUACGAGACAUAAACCCACGAAUGGGUGAGGCGGAUGAUCCCGAGAAGUGGCGUGACAUUUCCGAAGCUGUAAAUAAAACCGACGCGGAGCUUAAUCGGAAGAAGGGCGAGAGAGGCCCGAGCUGCUGGGCCCUCGGCUUCUGCACCGCUGAGAUCGUCGACGCCAUCGUCAGGAAUACUAAAGCCAUAUUGCCAGUGUCGACGUACAUACAUAGUUGCGCCCACGGGACCGAUAAAGACGUGUAUAUGUCGGUACCCUGUGUUCUCGGCCGAGAGGGUGUGUGCGCCACGGUGCGACAGAAGCUGAACGAUCAAGAAAAGACGGCGGUACAACAGUGCGCCGACAGUAUCCGUAGUGUGCUGCGUGAGUGCGGCAUCCUUCGCGAGGCGAGCGACAGCAUCCGUGUAUCGGAUAUGACCGAAACAAGAAGGAAAUCACCUGAGGUCGCCGGCAACACGGUAACUGUUUUACUGGCCAAACAGGCAGAACAUCUUGUGGAUAGCCAUCGUGUCAAGGUCGUCGUCGUCGGCAGUGCGCCCAAGGGUGUCGCGGUCGCUAUAGCGAUUCUAUUCAAACGCCUCGCCUCCGAGCUCGUCCUCAUAGACGCGAACGAGGAUCUCGCUAAAGCGGAAGCAGAAGACAUCAGCCAUGCGGCGGCGUACCUCGGCAAUCCUAGGAUUGUCGGUACCAAAGAUUAUGCUUGUGCCAGAGACGCAGCGGUAUGCGUGAUCACAGUUGGAAGCCAGUCUCGUGAAGAUCAGCAGCCGGCCGAUUAUCUAGAGCAUAAUCUGAAAAUUUUCAAGGACGUCAUUCCGAACGUCUCCAAGUACGCGCCGAACAGCGUUCUUCUCAUUCUUUCGAAGCCAGUUGACAUUCUGUCAUACGUUGCUAUGAAGCUGUCAGGGUUUCCACCAAACCGUGUUAUAGGACUAGGAACAUUUCUAGACAGCUGCAGAUUUCAGUACUUUAUCGCUCAAAAACUCGGAAUUUCAGCAAGCGCGAUUCAAGCGUUAAUCAUUGGCGAGAGCGGACCGGCGUCUGUGCCAGUCUGGUCCACCGUUGCGGUAAUGGGUAUGCCUUUAAAAGAUAUAAACAAAGAGAUCGGCACGAAAACGGAUCCAGAAUCCUGGGGGGAUUUGCAUACGAAAGUCGUCAAUACCGAUAACGAAUUAAUCAUCAAGAAAGGCUACCACAGUUGGGCAGUCGGAAUCUGCGCGGGCGAAAUUGUCGAUGCUAUCGUACGCAAUACUUGCGCCUGUUUUACUGUCUCUACGUUCGUGAAGGGUUGCCGACACGGACUGGAGAAGGAUAUCUUUAUGUCAUUACCGUGUGUAGUAGGGAGAAACGGCGUACAGUCUUUUAUUCGUUUGUUGUAUACAUCUAAAGAGCAGGAAUUGAUGACGAUAUCUUGCCAAAGAAUUUAUGAGGCGCAAAAAUUGAUCCUCGACAAGAUUGAAUAAAUAAGAAAUGGAAUUAAAGUAUUUGUCACACGUUUUUAUAAUUGCAUUAUUCAGUUGUAAUCGAAAAUAUUAAAUACUCUCAACAAUUAAUGUGAGGAUAAAUCAUA